UUAACUGGCUCGGAUGGCACGUGUAAUGCAAAAUGGCGACCAUCACCAAUAUACCUUUAGCCAACAUUCAUCGUAGUGUAAAGGGAAAAUUUGGAUUAAGACGAGGACUGAAAAUAGCACUCUUAAUUCAGAGAAGAUGCUGUUCAUAUAUUUCAGCUUUUCAAGGAGAAGUUAAGUCGAGUGGUGACUUCAAGAAGACAAAUCCGCAGAUUCAAGUACUCCACCUAAACUCGUCUGGGUCGGAUGAGAGAUCGUGGACUGGUAUAGCUUCCAAAACGUUUUUCACAGCGUACAAAUCUAGAAAUCACCAACAUAUUAUCAGUGAGAUAAAUCUUUGGGAUAAAGAUCUUUUACAGUAUGAUUUAUCGCAUGUUGCAAGCAAAAUGCGAAUGGUGACUGGCGAGGACAAACCGUCGGAUAAACAGAACUUAGAACCAGUGGAGAAGAUGGUGAAGACGUUGUUUUUAGCGGAUAAACUGGUUAUUUCGUGUCCCAUGUGGAAUUAUAGCGUUCCCUAUGUCUUGAAGCAGUACAUCGACUGUGUUGUUCAGCCUGGUUUGACAUUUAGGGAAACCUCAAAUGGUCCACAAGGGCUGUUAACUGGAAGGCCCUUGCUUCUUAUAACCUCAUCAGGCGGGGACUACUCAACCGGCGAUAUGAAAGCACUUGACUAUCAAGUUCCUUAUUUGAAAGAUAUCUUUGGCUUAAUUGGUUUUACAGAUGUAAGGCAUAUUUAUAUUAAGAACACAGCACACACGCAAAAAGAUGACCUGAUGAGUUUAAUUGAAUCAAGUUGUCUGGAACAUGCUGCUAAAUUUUAACCUUGAUUUUUAAAUUUGUGGAAUUAUAAUUUUUAUAUGAAGGUUCACA